GUGUCAUUAACCCGCAAUGUUUAUUUGCUCAAGUCCGCCAGCAACACCAGACUUGGUACACAAAACUCUGAACCUGACAUGUGUAGGUCCAGUCCCAGUACUAAUAAACUCACUGACAACCUGAAACUAUGUAAACCUAAAAAAACAGCAAACAACAAACUGUCAUGGCCGAACAUCGCUUGAAACUACGACUUGUCAUUAACUAAGUGAACUUGAUGACUUUAUCCGCAUUUCAAUUUAGCGCAGYUGAAGGUCACAAUGUGUUAAUUGCUAUGAAGUGCUUAGUUAUCAAUGGAUCUUUCAAAGAAGAAGAACAUCUGCAGGCAUGAUURACUUAUUUCCGAGCGUAGAAUGGCAGGAAUACAUCUCCCUGAUAUWGGUAAACUUGGUAUUCAUGUUGCCACUGGAGUCAAUGAUAAAAAGAAAGUCGCGCCGAUGAACAACGUCGAAGAAGCYCGUUUGAAAGCUUUCUUAAAAAGAGUUGAUAACGAGAAACAGGAGCGCGUUCAAGUGAUAAAAAAAGAGUUGAGGAGAAUGAAAAGAAGAAAAAGACGAAUUGACGCGAGGCUGGAAGACCUUGGAAGAUCAGAAACCGUCCAGUUACCUAUUGAAGGAAAACAUCUUAAACAAACGGCAAMYGAUUCACGUUUGCCUCCAAUAAAAACUUCUGCGGUAAAGAAAGCAAAGAAGAAGCGUUGCGAUCAAGAGGGCGCAAUGUUACUAGAGAAUAAUAGUAGAUUAUUGUCCAAAGUGACAGUUUUUCCGAUACAGGAUGAGCUCUCUGAGGACAACUCUCCCUCUGCGUCAAACUCUGCAGUGCUGCCUCCUAUACGGCUGUCUCAAAUAGUCCUAGAGUCCGCCGUACCUGAUGCUACUGGGAAGAAAAAGUCAGAAAAAUCACAAAGAAAAAUAUCCRCAGYAAGGAAAACAAGUAACGAGUCAUGUUCAAAGACAGUCAAGAGRAUGAGCGUUGCUGCAUUMACUAAUGAUGAUGGGCCGUGUGAAGAGAGUUACGAUGGUGACCAAGCUGUUGGUUUAGCGGAUAAAAACUUCUUGUUUUUAGAUUUUGACGCGACGGAUAUACUACGACCCAGACAACCUCAACAAAGUCUUGAGGACGCUAUGAUUGCUAUAAAAACCUGUCGAUAUCUCAGAACUCCGAGCAGGCAAGAGGACAACCAAGAUGUUUACAGUGACAAUGCAUAACCGACAUUAAAAAUUGUUCAGSUGGRAUUUUUGAUAUUUCARGAAGUAAUUUCUUGAGUUAAAUCGGAUUGAAAGUGAAAUAAUAAAAUUUCAGAGCCRUUUUAA